GUAAAACACAUUCAUUUGACAGGUGAUCCCUUAGUUGGGUGACUGAGCGUCCGAAAAGAACCAUCUCCAUAAGUGCCAGAACAAGUUGGAAAGCCCCAUAAUCAACAAUGGUACCAAAUAUAAAAAUCUUUAUCAUUUUGCUAUGUCUGCUGGCUGUUGGCUUACUCUAUAGAGUCACUAUUAAAGGGAAAGCUUUCAACAUUAAAGACUUCAGAACUUUAAUUUUUUCUGCAAAGAUUACUCCAGAACGUAUUUUAUAUUCAGGAAAUGGCAUCAUGUUUGUAGAGACAGAGAAGAUGGAUCUGCCUCACUAUGUGCUAUGUUCAAUUGAGUCAGCAGCUCGUGUUAACCCUGAUAGACCGGUGGCUUUUUUCAUGAAAGGUCUAACAGACAUAAACUCAAAAGAAGAUGAGGACAGAGCACGGAUGAGUUACCCAACGCUUUUACCUUAUGAUAAUAUCUACUUUUUCCCUCUUACAAUGAAUGUAUUACUUAACAACACUCCACUUAUGCACUGGUAUCAAAAGGUUAAUCCUAAAAGUGGAGAAUACCGGAAUCCUGUGAUCUUAGAUGCAUGCAAGUUGGCUCUGAUUUAUAAAUAUGGUGGCAUUUAUAUGGACACUGAUAUUAUAACAUUACGACCAGUACCAGAACAAAACUUCCUGGCUGCUGAAGAAUCUCAGCUGUCUACUACAGCAGUAUUUGCAUUUGAUCGUCAUCAAAUGAUCAUCUUGCAGUUCAUGCAAGAGUUUGUCAAGAGUUAUGAUGUGACUGCAUGGGCACAGCAAGGACCUUUUCUCUUCACUCGAAUUCUGAACCAAUUUUAUUGUAAAGUGCCUCCAUUCAAAGGCAAGGAAGACUUAAAGUGUGGAACAAUCUUAUUUUUAAAUACUGAACGUUUUUUUCCAAUCUCACGUCUAGAGUGGAAAAGGUUCUUUGAAGUAAAGGAAAAACAUCCUACUUUUAAUAACUCAUAUGCUUUGAAUACCUUUAGUUAUGCCAAUCGCAAGGAGAACACGAUGAUGGUUCCUGGAAGCAACACACUGAUGGAACAUAUUUAUAAGAAGCACUGCCCCAUUACUUAUCAUGCUGUUUUGGAAAAAAAAACAUUGUACCAUAAAUUUGGGCCAUAAGUCCUAAACAAAAGUAGACAGAAAAUAUAGCACUAAAUAAGAAUAUUUUAUUGAUUCAUUAUAAUACAAAUUAUGUGUUUCAUUUUUGUUUUUGUAGAAAGGUUUUGACUGU